AUGAGAGUACAUUGGAACAAUAAACUCUCCUCGCCCCUCCCCAACGUCACCCAACGUCACCCAUCGUCACCCAACGCCACCCAACGCCACCCAACGCCACCCAACGCCACCCAACGCCACCCAACGCCACCCAACGCCACCCAACGCCACCCAACGCCACCCAACGCCACCCAACGCCACCCAACGCCACCCAACGCCACCCAACGCCACCCAACGCCACCCAACGCCACCCAACGCCACCCAACGCCACCCAACGCCACCCAACGCCACCCAACGCCACCCAACGCCACCCAACGCCACCCAACGCCACCCAACGCCACCCAACGCCACCCAACGCCACCCAACGCCACCCAACGCCACCCAACGCCACCCAACGCCACCCAACGCCACCCAACGCCACCCAACGCCACCCAACGCCACCCAACGCCACCCAACGCCACCCAACGCCACCCAACGCCACCCAACGCCACCCAACGCCACCCAACGCCACCCAACGCCACCCAACGCCACCCAACGCCACCCAACGCCACCCAACGCCACCCAACGCCACCCAACGCCACCCAACGCCACCCAACGCCACCCAACGCCACCCAACGCCACCCAACGCCACCCAACGCCACCCAACGCCACCCAACGCCACCCAACGCCACCCAACGCCACCCAACGCCACCCAACGCCACCCAACGCCACCCAACGCCACCCAACGCCACCCAACGCCACCCAACGCCACCCAACGCCACCCAACGCCACCCAACGCCACCCAACGCCACCCAACGCCACCCAACGCCACCCAACGCCACCCAACGCCACCCAACGCCACCCAACGCCACCCAACGCCACCCAACGCCACCCAACGCCACCCAACGCCACCCAACGCUACCAACUACCCGCCGCCCGCCACCAGCCGCUUGUCGAUCAAAACUGCAAGCUGUGCAACUUUCCAUCCUUUUUUCAUUUUAUAAGAUCACCAACGAGGCCAUCUCAACGAAUCAUUCGAACAUUUCAAGUCAAACGAACGAUGUUAUGCUUGUCAAUUGUUGCAAUAGGAUGGAAGAAGAUGAUGUUAGGAGAUAUAUAGAGACAGGCUCGUCCGCUCUCUCGCUAACCGAUCAGCCGACCUACACGAGAGAUAUCCACACGACGAAGACGGCGACGAUCGCGACCACGACCACGACCACGAACACGACCACGAUCACGACCACGACCACGAUCACGACCACGACCAAGACCAGAACUUACGACCGCUACGACGAAAAGGGCAAAGACGAUCACUAA